AUGUCGGGCAGCUUAGCAAGUCGAUAUAUCAGGUUUGAAGUCAUCAGCGGAAAAAACAUUCAAGUCCCCUCCAAGCGCAUUCCCGCAAACAUUUACAUAUCCAUUAAUGUCGACUCCCGGAGCUGCUGGAAAUCGGCCAUCAGUGUCUUAUCAUCCGACAGAUCUGUAAUGUGGGACGAUAGUGUGAUUCUGUCAUCGCAUGCCUCACCUGCAUUAUCAAUCGAGAUCAGGGCACCAUAUGAGGUCGGUCGAAUGCUAGGCAGUGGAGAGGUCAUUGGGAAGCUUCAAAUGUCGUGGAAUAGACUACUCAAUCAUGGAGAUGAACCUUUCGAUCCAUCCUUCCCACUCGUGCGCGGUGUCCACCCUUCCCUCGCGCUGAAGGCCGCUGUUGUACAUGCUCGCGACAAUCAGGGCGGUGCGCUGUCUGAUACUGAGGUCGCUCGAGACACAGAUGCGGGCCACGCACAAUUUGCUGCAUACAUAACGAGCAAAACGGUCUCACCUGAACGAUGCGGUGCAGCAUUUUCAGUUGGUUCUGGAUCAGUGUCUGGUCAGCCAUUCUGA